ACCUGAAGCAUAAGAAUUGUCAAUGGCGAUACCAUCAAUCCCUUCAGAUCAUCUAAUCCCCACACCCAUACUACAGAACAUAGUAUCAACUGUUAACUUAGACUGCAAACUAGACCUCAAAGACAUAGCACUCCACUCUCGAAAUUCCGAGUACAACCCUAGGCGUUUCUCUGCCGUAAUUAUGCGACUCAGAGACCCUAAAACCACCGCAUUGCUUUUCGCAUCGGGCAAGAUGGUCUGCACGGGCGCUAAAUCAGAAGCUCAGUCCAAAAUAGCAGCAAGAAAGUAUGCAAGAAUUGUGCAGAAGUUAGGGUUUCCUGCAAAGUUUAAAGACUUCAAGAUUCAGAACAUAGUUGCAUCUUGCGAUGUUAAUUUCCGCAUUAGACUGGAGAAGUUUGUUUACAGUAAGCAUGCUGCUUUCUCAAGCUACGAACCUGAAAUAUUUCCUGGGAUGAUUUAUCGGAUGACAAAGCCAAAGAUCGUUAUGCUAAUAUUUGUAUCGGGUAAAAUUGUGAUUACAGGAGCCAAGACGAGAGAGGACACCUAUGCUGCCUUUACGAAUAUCUAUCCUGUUCUUGCAGGGUUCGCGAAUUAAUAACCAUAGACAUGGAGUA